AUGGAACGCAGCAGCGUCAUCUUCGCUAUCCCAUCCUCCUACCUCCACCAUCAAUACGCCCAACAGCGUCCACAUCCGCAGACCAAAUCCGGAACAAGAAAGCCAUCUGCAUCAAAUGCAGGCGAGAUGCCUUACUAUCACACCACGAGUCCAAAGUACGCGGCAGGUGCGCCACGACCCCAGGACCCGCAGAUGGCCGCCACAUACGCCUGGUUGGCCGAUCAAGAACGUGCGGCGAUAGAGAAGAGGAAUAGGGCCACUCGCCGUUGGGUCGAACAGCAACAACGGUCCUCCACAUCUCAGCCCGCACAGCCUGUGUAUCCUGCAACAACCACUGAAUCCGCGACACAUCCGCAUAUUGCUUCCCAGACUCAUCCCGCCAACCAACCUCAUGUCUCUCAUCACACUCGCACCACCGUUCAGCCUCCUCGCCCAGCCACACCAGCGGGUCUCCAUGCACAUACCACCACACAUCCUCACAUACCUGGCCAACCGGACGAGAAGAAACGAUCGCGUGCACGUGGUAAAGACCCCGAAGAAGAGCGACAGCGUCGCGAACGUCGUCUCGAACUUCAACAAGAAUUCAAGCGCAUGGAAGCUCGAUGGCGAGAACGCGAGAUGCAAGAAGCAAAAGGUUGGAGAGAACGCGAGAUGCAGGAAGAGAGGCGGAGGAAGGCAGAGUGUAGGCGGGAGGAGGAGAAGAGGGCCAAGGACAAGCAACGAAAUUUUGGAGCAGAAGAGAUAAAGAGACUGGAGGCACAGCGCGUGAGGGGUGCGUGGGCGGUCUACGAGCAGAGAUGGGCUGCGCUCCUCCUUGGCGGUGGGGAGCCAUUGACGGUUUGGAAUAUCCCUUGGCCUGUCCUUCACCCACCUCGUAGUGUUCGUGACAUUACACCCGAGGCCGUCUCCGCCUUCAUUCUCUCGGGCCUUCACUCGGAGGGGAUACCUAGGAAGGAAAGGGUAAGAGAUGCGCUAAGGAGAUGGCAUCCGGAUAGGUUUGGAAGGUUGAUAUCGAGAAUUACGCCGGAUGACUGGGCUGUGGUAGAAUACGGGGUUGGCGUGGUGGUUAGGUGUUUGAACGGGCUGUUGGAGUCGGAAAAUUCUGUAGUUGAUCGGACUAAACCUAAACGAUGGUGA